AUGGCCGGUGGCACUGCGGGAAUCUGGGAUCGCUUGCGGAGAGACUCCGACAUCAACAGUGUGCUGCAGGCCUUCCGGAUCUCGAGCAAGGAGAAGCUCGUACAAACUCCCGUGGAGGUUUUAGAGGCAUGCAUGCAGCAGCGGGAGCUGUCCAAGGAGAAGCAGCGCCAACUGCUGGACCUGAAGACAGCGCUCGCUAGGACGAGCCGUCAUGGCCACGACAUGACCAGUGGAUAUUCCCACGAGCCGCAGCAGCUGAACGAGGAAGAAGCUCGGAGAGUCAAGUUCCUGCAAGCUUGUGUGGAUGCCAAGCCACUGAAGAAAGACUGCGUCAGGGCCUACCACACGACCACCUACAAAGCUGCUGCCGCCAUGCUGGCGGAGGGAUGCCGGCCAAGCACCUCCUACAACUGGCUCGCAGGGCGGAGCCUCAACGAUGAGCGCUUCUUUUGCGUGACGCUCCUCAGCCCGAUUGCCUUUGGCUUCCCACAAGGCGAGUGGAAGAGGCGAAUGCUCCUCAACAACUUUGGGAGGGAGGCGGGAGGAGAUGAGGGUUCGCCGAAGAGCUGCCGGAGUUGCAAAAGCACUCGGAGCAACAGCAGCGACUGGGUGCGGGAGCAACGCGUGCAAGUUUGCUUGGUGGUGGACGUCCCAGUGCCCUCGCUGCGAGAUGCUCGGACGGCCCCAGAGCAGCGCCACAACGAGAGCAUCAGGUCUGAGAACCGGAAUGUGCACUACAUCCCAGAGAGCUUUCUGCAAAAUAUGGGCGUGCAUGCCCUGCCGGCGGACAGCAUUGUCUAUGCCUUCCAGUUAGAGGACAUCCCCACCGAGGCAGUCGAUCUGAGUGACCUUUCUCCUUCAAAAGCGUUUGAUUUCGCGGCGAAGGUGCAGCCGCGUGUGGACAAGGCAGCACGGGACCUUGAUCUCUUCGAGCUCGCCUGGCUACUAGAGCUGGGUGGCAAGAUGAGACACACGGAGCGUGACCAUGUCUGCCAGAUCCUGAACGUGUUUGCGAGGCACACCGCGAACCCCGGCGGGUUGAAGUUCGGCAUCUUCGACGGCAAGUCGGCAUGGAAGGCCAGGGAGUCUGGCUUGGCCUUGUCGGACAUGAAGCAGAUCUUCUGGCGGUGGGUCCGUGACGGCAACUUCGACAUCCAGGACCUGCUGCAAGCUGGAUGCCCUCUAACCGAGUUUCGAGAAGCCGGCUGGAAAGCGUGCUCACUGAAGCAACAGGGGCUCUUUGAUGCUGCGGAGCUCCGAGGUGAGAAUCCUGCCGGGUGCUGCUUACCUGGAGGACCAAAUGACCCUUAA